UGCUUCCAUCCCACAUAUAAAAGGAACGCUCGUCGUGGUCGUCUUGCACACAUCUUCAGCAUCAAGCAUUCAUCACGACAGCAAAGAUGGCCCUUCGUGCUUUGCUUCUCCUGUGCGGGAUCAGUGGACUGUUGACUGGAGUUUUCUCCGUCACCGUGACAGUUCCCGAGUGUCCGGCUAAUUGGGUUCGGCUGGAGAACCGCUGCUUUAUCUACCGAGACAACCCACUUGCUUUCACCGCUGCAGAGGCUAUGUGCAACGCUGCAGGUGGGACUCUGGCCAGCAUUCGCGAUUCGGUGGAAAAUGCCCUAGCUUUCCAGUUGGUUCGGGAUGCCAAUAGCGGUUCAGUGGUCGACACCUGGAUUGGACUCCACGAUGGAAUUAAGGAGGGUAAAUUCGUCCGCACCGAUGGCUCAAAGUCCAAGUUCUUUGACUUCAGAGACGGACAGCCAGAUGACUUCGGCGACAACGAAGAUUGUGUUGAGAUUGAUGAUGAAGGCCAAUGGAAUGAUGAAACCUGCACCGAUGUCCAGGAUUUCCUUUGCUCCAUAAACCUGUGGUAAAGAAUCCACCCUCUUGGUGUCACACCUGGAGCUGCAUGGAAAAUCUUGACCUCCAUCUUGAUGCUUUUCCUUGGCAAGAUACAUUUGAAGUGGUUUAACUUGAUGUCCUACAACCUAUCUUCUUCGUUUCCUUUUGGUUCUCAAACUAUUUUGUUCUCUCUCCAAUAAAUGAAGGAAUCUCUAUGUGCA